AUCCCACCCCACCCAACUCUACCUAGGCCUUCAUGUUAUUGUUGAAAUUGAAGUCAGUCAAAUGUAGACAAGAUAGAACACUAAAUUGGGAUGAAGUUUGUCAUCCUCAUUUUUAAAUUAAAAGAGGACCCAAAGUCCAAAUGUACCUAACCAAACCACCCUCUUCUAGCAUGAAUUUGAUUUCCUUUGUUUAUAAAUUCAUUCACACUGAAACAAGAACUUCCCCAAAUUCCUUCACUGCCCACAAACUGUCAAGGUCAAUGGAGAAUCACUUCAAAAUGCGAUUUCGAUCAUCCCUCAUAUCAUGCAAAUCCAAAAACAGCAUCGACGAUAUUGAGGAUCCGGCUUUUAUUCCUAAGACACUCAGAAUCAUCAAAACUACCAGUUGAUCGAGUAUUACUCACCACAUCCUCGUCCAUUUCCACUCAUGUGCAGACACAAAUGGCCGGAAAAAUUAUCCGAGGAGCGAAAUGCCUACUUGUUUCUACUGAAAUCGAUGGUCGACAGUGCCCUCCGGUAUCUCCCAUUUCACCUUUCAAUGCACACUACGAGUUCCAAAAAUUUCAUUCAGAGAAGAAGACUAGAAAGGCCACAAACAAGAAGGUUCAUUCAAAGACUAAAAAGUGCGAUUUUCAUGACAAAGAAGAAUUCACUACUGAAAAAUGCGGCAUCGGUAAUGGAUUUAAGGCAGGGGCUCGGUCGAGAAGAGCUCAAAGGAAGAUUCCUAAGGAGGGUUUAAUGACAUUACAAGAAGGGGUUAAAGAUAGCUUAGCAGUGGUGAAGCGUUCGAGUGAUCCAUAUACUGAUUUCAGAACAUCAAUGGUGGAAAUGAUUGUUGAAAAGCAGAUUUUUACGGCAAAAGAACUUGAGAAUUUGUUGCAGUGUUUCCUUUCUUUGAAUUCUUACCAUCAUCAUAGGGUUAUUAUUGAAGUUUUCUACGAAAUCUUGGAAGCUUUCUUUGUGUCUUAUGUGUAACAACAA